UGUAAGCUAAGGCAUAAAGCAACCACAAGAGUUGAUACCGACAUAGACAAGGCCCAGAAUUCUGACCUGAUGCUUGAUACUUCAUCAUUAGUUCCUGAAGGUUCCUCAGUAGACAUUGAAUCAUCUAAAACAACCUCAGAAACUCAGGGACCUACACAGCUCACUCACAAAGGCAAUGAAGAGACUUUGGAGACUGGCUGCAUAGUGAGUACCAGCCCGUCUGUCAGCAUCACAGCCCAGGCUCCCCCAUCUGAAGUUAAUGAACAUCUCCCCCAGCAUUCAAGUCAAGCGGAAGAGGUUUCCAGCAGCCUCGACAGUCUGUUUAUCACUAAAUUGCAAAAGAUCACAACUGCAGACCAGACUGAACCCUCAGAAAAAAACACCAGCACUGAGAACUUUCCAGGAGUGCAGAGUGAGACUCCUAAGAAGCCUCAUUACCUGACAGUGCUAGAAAUGCGAGCUAGAAACCCAGUGCCCCCUCCUCAUAAGUUUAAGACCAAUGUGUUACCCACACAACAGAGUGACUCACCAAGUCAGUGUCAGAGGGCUCAGUCUCCUGCUUCCUCAGAAGAGCAGCUAUGCAGGGCUAGGCAGCAUCUUGAUGAUGUCACAGCAGUUCGCCUUGUUCUGCUCCACCACCUGCCUGCACAGCUGCUCUCCAUAGAAGAGUCGCUGGCUCUGCAGAAAGAGCAGAGGCAGAAUUAUGAGGAGACGCGGGCAAAGCUCGCAGCACAGAAACAAGCCGAGAGACUGAAUAUUACAAUGCAGAGCUACAAUCGAGAAGGGGAGUCUUCAGGGAGAUACCGAGAAGUGAGGGAUGAAGAUGAUGCCCAGUCCUUGGAUGAAUGCUGA